GCUUUUUCCUUGACCAUUUUCUUCCUUCUGUUUCCUUUUUCCAUUCCUUCUACUCUCCUUUCCACGCACUCGCUUUUGACAAGCGACUUGCUUCAGACUCUCCUUCAAACAUACCAAACUUUAUUCCUUCUCUUUUCCCUAUCUUCCAGACUAGAGCAAACAUGUCCCGCUUCAUUCUUUUCGGAACUGCUCUUCUGGCUUCUCAGGUUGCCGCUCAUGGCUACUUGAACGCUAUUACCUUGGAUGGUGUCGACCACGCUGGCUAUAGCCGCUGGAAUCCUUCCGCCGAUGCUAUCGGAUGGAGCUUCUCAACUCCCGACGAGGGACCUGAGAUGGACAUCUUUAGCCCUGACUUUGUCUGCCGUCGGGAAUCCCAGGCCGCCAAGAACUAUGGAAAGGUCGCGGCCGGCGGCUCUGCCUCCUUCUUCUGGACCUCGGAUGACAAGCAGACCAACCCCAACGGCUGGGCUGAGUCGCAUCGGGGGCCCAUCAUCACCUAUAUCGCUCCUUGUAACGGAGACUGCGCUUCUGUGGACAAGACGCAGUUGAAGUGGACCAAGAUUGCCGAGGAAGGCGUCGUGUCUGGUCCCGCGAACGCUGGGGGCACCUGGGCUACCGACAAGCUUCGCCAGAAUGGCGGCGUCAACUAUGCCACUAUCCCAGCGUCCAUUGCCCCCGGCAAGUACGUCAUCCGAAACGAACUCAUUGCUCUUCAUCGUGCGCAUCUCAACGAGCCCGAGUUCUACAUGCAGUGCGGCAACAUCGAAGUCACUGGAUCAGGAACAGAUGACCUCUCUGGAUCUGGUGUUGUUGCCUCUCAGCUUUACAGCACUUCUGAUUCGCAAAUCUUUGGCUUCUCCAUUUAUGACAACCAGGGAUCGACUUGGACUGUCCCUGGCCCCCCUCUGUACACUGGUGCUCAGGUGGCCCAGGUCAAGAGGACAGUCAGGUUCCGGGCCGCGGUCCGAUACCGGGCGUAGGUUUAGCUUUAACAAAUAUGGAAUACCCGGAGUAGAGGAGUUGAUUGGAAUCACGAUUCUUUCUUUGAAUAGCUAGACUAUAAAUUGUCGCGAGCGACGGAUAUACUAGAUGGAUACUUUGUACAAUAUACACGGUUGAAGAUUU